CUCAAACACUUCUAGUUAUAAAUAUGUAAUAAUUUUUUUUCUUUUACUUUUUUUUUUUAAAUAAUAUUUUUAUAAAAAUCAUGUCUUUUUCUCUUUUGAUUUUGAAAAAAAAAUAUUAGUUUAUUCACUUUUGCUUUAUAGUUUAUGGGUUUCCGUAGAGAUGUCAGAGACAAGAGCUGCCACAGAGGCAGCUUAGGUGCAGUCUGCAGAAGCAGAAGCAUCAGAGAGGUGCAGUCACAAUAUGAGCAGAGAGAGAAAGAGAAGAGAGAAGAGAGAGAGAGAGAGAGGUGGCAUGCAGCAGCACUAUAAUCAGAACCAUUAGUUUUAUCCGUGUACAGAAGAUUCUGCAGCUCCAUGGUCCCUGAAAUAAAUAUACCUACUCUACUCCAAAAGCCAUCUCUACUAAUAAAUUCACUCCCACAAAACACAUCUUCUGAUACACUUAUUUUUAUCUGAACUCUGAAACUGUCUCUCUCUCUCUAUCUCUUUCUUUCUUUUACUGCACUGUUUUAAGUCUGAAACAAGUUUUCUUUUGGUUGGAGUUUAGUUUUAAUUUCUGUUUGUAGCUAAGGAUGAUGAGUGGAAAGACCAGGUUUCCCUUCACUGCAUCUCAAUGGCAAGAGCUUGAACACCAAGCUCUAAUCUUUAAGUAUAUGGUUUCAGGAAUUCCCAUCCCACCUGAUCUUCUCUUCACCCUUAAAAGAAGUUACUUGGACUCUACAGCAGUACUACCUUCAAAGCUUUUCCCUCACCAUUCUCAACAUGGUAAUGUUGGGUGGAACUGUUUCCAAAUGGGGUUAGGAAGAAAGAUAGACCCUGAGCCAGGGAGGUGCAGAAGAACAGAUGGCAAAAAAUGGAGAUGUUCUAAAGAAGCUUUUCCUGAUUCAAAAUAUUGUGAAAGGCACAUGCAUAGAGGAAAAAACCGUUCAAGAAAGCCUGUGGAAGUUUUGAAAACAACUGGGACAAACUCCAAUCUCUCAAAUCCAUCAACACUUGUCUCAUCAAACAAGAAUCUGUCUAAUAAUUCACUUUCUUCACUGACAUCACUUCCAUCUGAAUCCCAAAACCGCCAUCUUCACCCUUAUCAUAACCCCCAUCUUGAUCAUCAACAACAGCCUUUUAGUGUUUAUAACCACAGUUCAUCUUCUUCUUCAAGGCCUAAUGGAAUUGGUUUGUCAUCACAAGAUAGCAACACAUCAUUGCUAUUCGACUCUGGGUCUUACUCUAAUGCAGACUUAAGAAAAAGCAGGUAUGUUUAUGGGCUUAAAGAUGAGGUUGAUGAGCAUUCAUUCUUUUCAGAAGAACCUUCAAGAACUCAUAGGAGUUGCUCUGGUUUACAAAGUGAGCAUUCUUAUUUGCAGCUUCAGAGUUCUAAUCAUUGUGAUUUGAGGAGAAAUGAUGUGAAAAUGGAGAGAAAAGAAGCAACACAGAAAACCAUUCACUUCAUUGAUGAAUGGCCUGUAAAAGAAAAGGAUUCAUCAUGGCUAGAGUUGGAUGACAAAUCAUCAAACAGUGGAUCUGUCUCCACUACCCAGCUUUCAAUUUCGAUUCCCACCUCUUCAUAUGACUUUCCCAUCUUCAAUACUUGUAGAACUCAUAAUGGUAACUCAUCUCAAUAUGUUUCUUUACCAAAACAUUAAUUGGUUAAUUUUCACUUACUUUUAUUUGGUUUGUCUUUAUUACUAAUCUUCUUUUGAUGGCCCAGUUGAGAAUCAUGGCUACAAAUUCAUUUUGUUUUGUUUUGUUUUUUGUUUUGCAAUGCAGGUGAUUGAGUUUUCAUCUUACUGGGUUUCAGAGAAAGAAAGAAAAAAAAAAAAAGAAAAAAGCCAAAG